GCUGAAUGAACGGCGGCAGCGACGACCGUCCUCGCCUCUCCUCUCCGUCUCUUCUUCCCCACGCUGCCCUCGCUUUCCAGCCACGCAACGAUCCACCGGCCUCGCUCCCCCGCGCCUCCGCCGUCCUCGCUCGCCCCGCCGACUCCGGCCGGAUCCGCCGCCCCUCUCCCGCCGGCAGUUGAAGCGCGGAUCGGACAGGCUUGCAAGCAUGUAUAUUCGAGUCAAGCGGAACAAGACCACCUACUUCAUACAGUGUGAUCCAACAGAGACAAUUUUGAAUAUCAAACAGAAGUUGCAGUCAAUAACAGACCACCCUCCUAAUAACCAGAGGUUGAUCUUGUUGGCUACCAACAAUAUAUUGGAUGACUCCAAGACGCUGGCUGAUCAAAAGGUGGAGAAUGACGCCGUCGUUGCAUUGGCAUUGAGAAAAGAUAACGAGUUCGAGGAGGUGUCCAUCGCCGACCCAAGCGAUUUCAUGGCGUCCUCAUGAGGCCGGCCGGCCGGUCCGCCGUCCCCCCCUACCCAACCCAUGCAAGGACGGACCGCUGUCAGCGGCUUCCCCGAAGCAGAUCAUGUUGCUUGCUCUAGCCUCUAGCCUCUAGGAUGUUGCUCGCUUGUGUGAUUGUGUGUGUCCUUGCUAUUAAAGACCCUAAACAACCGUUGCGGAUGGCAUUUAGUUUCUGAUUUGGACAUUCCA